CCAUCAUGGGCCAGCUGCUCUCCUCAGAUGAAGAGUGUUCUCAGGUGAAGGACGCCCUUGGCUCCCUCCUCUUCAUCGCCAUGCGGGAGGGCGGAGCCGUGCCGGACCUGGGCGUUGUCCACCCGCUCCUCUUGGCCAAUCAGCACGAGCGGUUCGACCCCCAGGACCGCCUCCAGCAACAGCUGAGAGAGCUGCAGGGCGACAUUGGGAACAGGGCGCCCGCCUACCUGAGGGAUCUGAUUGGCCGGUUGACGACCUUCUCCGAUGAGCCGCGCCUGGCUGGAUUGGUGGGACUGGUGGUUACCAUGGUGAUGGAUAUGGCCUACACGUCAUCGAGACCGGCGUCGGGGGGGAAAGGGAAGUCAGCCGGGUCGUCGUCGGGUCAGCGGGUGGGGGAGCUGCAGGAGCUGAUGGAGGAGCACCUGAAGCGCUGCAGGAUCCACCUGAGCGACAGGAACAAGCUGAUCCAGGACGCCGCCCGGCUGGAGGGACAGGUCAGCCUCACGCUCACCCAGCUGAAGACCUGCCUGCUGGGGGGGGACUGCGACUCCAGGUCCCUGAGGCACUGGGCCAGCGCAGCAGCGUUCCACAUCCAGAUGCUGGUUCACCUGGCCGGACUGGAAGGGGGGGCGGAGCCACAGGCGGCGAGGGCGGAGCCCCGGGCGGCGAGGGCGGCGCUGGAGCAGUACAAGGAGGACCUCACACUGAUCAUACCUGCUUACAGGAGGUAUAAGUCCAACACAGUGAGCGUGGUGAAAUGUCGGGGGGGUCUGUCUGCGUCAUGUGACCCCUCCUACGAGACGCCGGAGGACGGAUCCAUGACGGGACUCACGCUGACGGACAGAGAGACAGGGAAGAGCGUGACGCUGCCUCUGUCCACCUUGGAGACACAAACAGGGAGAAGCAGGAGACCUGAUGGUUCCUCUGUGGCCUCCUCCAUGAACCUGGACCUGAUCACCUCAGAUCAAUACGCCCAGGCCUAUGUGGAGCGGCUGUUCUCUGGUGACGGACCCGUGGCCGAGCUGCAGAGCUUCUUCAACACGGCCAGCGAGCGUCUGCUCACAACCCGACCGGGAUCCACAGACCGGCCCGGGGGGGGAGAGGAGGAGGAAGGAGGCGCCGGGGGGGAACCUGCAGAGGGAGGACAUGGAGACCAGCGAGUGGACGGAGCCAGAGGUGAUAGACAAGACGAGAUGGAGAGGAGAGGAAGAGGAGAGGAGAGGAAGGAACUCGACCAAAGAGAGGAAAGUUUGCAACUGAGCAUCAGAGAGACGCAGCCGGAGGAAAGUCUCCGUCCGGGAGAGUCAGGGAAAUAAAGGAAAUGGACUCUGGCCAGCAGGCAAAUUACAAGAAGUGUGUUCAGCACUGAGGAGGAAAUCAGAGAAGAACCUUUUAUCACUGAUGAAGCAAAGGACUGAGGAAGAUGAAGAGAAGC